GCGCGGGCCGGGAGCGGGCGGCCGCGGCGGCAGCGCCCGGCGGGAGGAUGCGCGGGGGGCGAGGCGGGGUAGGGCAGCGCCGGCGGCCCCCCCACCCUUGCCCGGCGGCAGGAGCUGUGGAUGGAACAGAAAGCUGAGGAGCCCAACGUUUUAUCAAAGGCCUACACGUAGAUCCUGAUGCUUAAAUGAAUGCAGAAUGAAAAUGCUUCCUGGAGUGGGUGUGUUUGGAACUGGCAGCACCGCCCGGGUACUGGUACCGUUGCUGAGAGCGGAAGGCUUCUCCAUUGAAGCGCUUUGGGGCAAGACCGAAGAGGAAGCCAAACAGCUGGCGGAGGAGAUGAACAUCUCCUUCUACACGAGUCGGACUGACGAUGUCUUGCUGCACCAGGAUGUAGAUUUGGUUUGCAUCAAUAUCCCUCCACCGCUAACUCGGCAAAUUGCUGUGAAGGCGCUAGGAAUAGGGAAGAACGUGAUCUGUGAGAAAGCUGCUACCUCUGUGGAUGCCUUCAGGAUGGUCACAGCUGCCAGGUAUUACCCCAAGCUGAUGAGCAUUGUUGGCAAUGUUCUCCGUUUCUUGCCCGCCUUUGUGAAGAUGAAGCAGUUGAUAGAAGAACACUAUGUGGGCAACGUGAUGAUCUGCGACGUGCGAGUUUAUGGGGGAAGCCUGCUCAGCCACAAAUACAACUGGAUCUGUGACGAGCUGAUGGGAGGAGGUGGUCUGCAUACGAUGGGAACCUACAUUAUCGACCUCCUAACACACCUCGUCAGCAGGAGAGCAGAGAAGGUCCAUGGUUUGCUCAAGACUUUUGUGAAGCAGAACACAGCUAUAAGCGGGAUCCGCCACGUCACUAGCGAUGACUUCUGCUUCUUCCAGAUGCUCAUGAGCGAGGGUGUCUGUUGCACUGUGACUCUCAACUUCAACAUGCCUGGAUCGUUCAUCCAUGAAGUCAUGAUUGUUGGGUCUGCCGGUCGCCUCAUAGCUCGCGGGACAGACUUGUAUGGGCAGAAAAACACUGCGCUCCAAGAAGAACUACUGUUUACAGACUCUCUGACUGUCAACAAAGGCCUUUUGGAUAAAGGGUUUAAAGACAUCCCGCUGCUUUACCUAAAAGGAAUGGUGUACAUGGUGCAAGCACUGCGGCAGUCUUUCCAAGACCAGGAAGACCGUCGGACGUGGGAUCAUAAACCUGUCUCUAUGGCAGCCUCUUUCGAAGACGGUCUGUACAUGCAAAGUGUAGUAGAGGCCAUCAAGAAAUCCAGCAGGUCAGGGGAGUGGGAGGCUGUGGAGGUGAUGACUGAGGAACCAGAUGCCAAUCAAAACCUGUGCGAGGCGCUUCAAAGAAAUAAUUUAUGAACAUUCCUGCUUUGGAAGAUAGGACGAUUAACACUUCUGGCUGUAAUGUAAAAAAGGUCUCUGUUUUUAAGAUAUGUAGAUUCUUAUUUAAUAACCUGGGUUCCUUGUUUUUUUUAAACAUGUAAAAUACGUCAUGUUCUGACAGAAACUGUUCUGAUUUAAAUUGUUUAAAAGAGUUUUAAAUGUUUCCAUUUUUGCAAACAUUUAAUUUUUGUCUUGAAGACUGGUAGGAAAACUUGAAUUGCCCUUUGCACUUGCAAUAGAUGAAGUGAAGCAUGGGAUCUCUGCCAUUGCAUGGCUUGGAAAUGGGACACAACCCCUGUUGCACAGGUUGCUUAUUUUAACCCUUUUAACGUGAGAGCAUGCAGAGCAAGAUCAGGGAGUGUCUGUUGUUCAGAUGCCUUUUCCUUCUCCCUUGGAGACUGAUUUAAGUUUUACUCCUCAGCUUGUAAAAUUUUAUAAAAGAGUUUAGUGAUGUAACAGGUCUCUAAACUCCUAUAGGCCAAAACGUAGAAGGAACAGAUUAAAGUUUGUAACGUAAGGAUCAGCCUGUUGGCUUCCUGCAUGUGGCAAAUGUCUUUCAAAUUCAUUUGAACUGGCAUUUGGUUUAAAUGAUACUAUGAAUUCUCUGUUGAUGGUGUCUUGGCAGGAAAAUCAUCAGGCAGUCUGUGACGAUUUUUAUUGUUCUUUGGUAUCUGUAGACAUUAUUCCUUCCAUUCAAGAGGCUGCCUGCAUCCAGCAGCUUCUUGCCAUAAGCUCUGUGCCCGUCAGUUGUGUUUACUGCCUGGCAGCACCAGUGCCGUGUCUGCGGGGCCACGUUCUCGUUCCUGUGACUGUUAACAAAUGCCUCACAGGGUCGUGGGAUUUCCACGGUGUCGUGGGUAAGGAAGCUGUACAGCAUUAACCUUCCAGGGACCUGGAGAUGGAGGUGAGGAGGUAUUUCCUACUUCUUGCAGCACUCUUAACGUGCUGGCCGGGUAACUGUCACACUACACACAUCCUGAUAGUUGAGAGAAUGGGGACUGAACUGUCAUGGGUAAGUCUGCUCUUGAUCUCAAACACUGGAUAUUAACCCUCUGGCCCUGCCCAUCCUCACACCCUCCUGCAGCUUGUGUCCAGGGGAGAAAUCUGUUGGCAGGUCAUGGGUGGAAGUUCAUUGCAUUUGAGAAGUGUUUCUCUCUGCGGCAGGUAUGCAGAAGGGAUAAUCCAAUUUUACUACAUUUAUUUUGUGUACUUGAAAGCUUUUUUUUUUAAUGUAUUUCCCACAAAGUUGUAACCCUUUGUAUUUAUGUAUAUUAACAUGCAAACUGCUGUUUCAUAAGCUGGCCCUUCCUGAAAGUUACCUUGUUUUCUACAGAAAUAAAAAGUUGUGUUUGUUGAGGGCA